AUGGCGCCUCUCAACGAGACGUUACGGCAGCGAGUUCAAGGUCAUCCCCACACGCGGCUCAACACAACGGGUCUUUCCUUUCCAGAGUCCUCCCCGUAUAGCAACACGGACCUUGAAAGCCUCGCCCUGUUGGACGACAUCAAUUCCACGGCCGGGUUUGAUGAAAGGGCAGUGCGAGAGGUGGAAACUGGCCUUUGGGUCAUGAUCACCCUGUCUGCGCUAUUCCUUGGCUUGAGAUUGUAUUGCAAACGCAAAAAUCCCACCUCCAAACUCCGCUGGGAAGAUGCUGUCCUGGCGGCAUCAUGGAUAAUGCUCCUACUAAACGCGGGCCUGACGACCCUCCUCAUACACAUGGGGCUGGGCUCGCCAGACUUUGCACUCACCCUCGAAAACGUCGAGGACGUGGCACUGGUGGGGCUGUCGUCGCUCACCACGGGCAUCGUGGCGCAGGCGUGGUCCAAGACUUCCUUUGCCAUGACGCUCCUGCGCAUGACCGAGGGCUGGUGGCACCACGUCGUCUUGAUCUCCAUCGUGACUGUCAACCUCCUCUUCGGCGUGUCUGCCACCCUCUUCUGGGUAGGCUGCGGCCCUAUCGAGAAGAGGUGGAGACCGUUGAUCCCUGGAAAGUGCGACGAUGACGCCCUGGACCGCGCCGCUACCUUUGGGGUCAUUGUGAGCGUCUAUUCCGGCUUGGUCGACAUCUUGUUGUCUAUUUUACCCUGGCCCAUCUUGCUCAAGUGGACCAAGAAGACGUCUUCGCACCAGCAUCUAAGCAAGAGGGAAAAGAUUGGCGUCGCCGUCGCGAUGAGCAUUGGCAUAUUCGCCGGCAUCACCGCCUUCGUCAAAGCCAGAUACAUGACGUCCUUCUACAACCCCAGCAUAGAUCUGGGCGACGACGUCGGACGGCUGACGAGCUGGUCGGCCGCCGAGACGACCGUGACCAUCAUGGCGUCGAGCAUCCCGGUGCUGCGGGUGCUGGUGCGCGACGUGGCCAACAAGGAAGGCCGCCGCCUCGCGUCGACGCUGGCGUCGUCCCGCUUGGUGCCCCACCACCCAAAGCGCACCUCGAGCAUGGUCUCGCAGAAGCGGCCGCUCACCUCGCCGCCCACGCCCACGACACCCACCACGCCGUCCACGCCCAGGCCGCUGGUCGAAACCCACGAGGACGUGCUCGUGCCCCGCGUCGCCGCGGCCCCAUCGCCCACCGUCAAGCACUACAGCAGACCGCUGCCGCUGCUGCCGCAUCAGACGGAGGACAGAUCCAGGGCCCGCCGCGAGGGUUGGUAUGUCCUGCGCGACAACGUCGGCGGGCGCGGCAGUCGCGGCAGUCGCGGACGGGGUGCGGACGGUGCUGGUGCAUAA